ACCCCCUCGUGCGGACUUGGAUCAGUUUUUGGCGAAACCUGCGCACAAAAAUGGGAAAGAAAGGCAAAAACAAGCGCAGUAAGCGCGGGCACGGUGUCAGUAAGAACGCAAAACAUCUUGCAAGACGUGGAGAAAAGAGAAGAAAGACCGAGACUGAAGACACGACGGAAGAAAAACCGGCGAAGAAGUUGAGACGAUUUGAAGCGGAGGAAAGGGCUCAAGACGGAGCCUGCACACCUGAAGGACAGGAACAGCGUCUUAAGAAACUGCGUGUGGACGACGACACACCUGUGCCACUUGUGGAGCGUCUUACGGACGGUUCUGAGACGAACAAGAAGAAAAAGAAACAGAAGAAGAAGAAGACAGACUGUGAGACUUCUCAGGACGAGGGCAGGUCUGCAGGUGAAGGUCACCUUGGGGACAACCUGUCCAGUGAUGACGUCAUGGCUCCACAAGGUCAGAGUCAAGGUCCAGAGAAUUCAGACACAAAACACCAGAAAAAUAAGAACAAAAGCAAGAAGGAGACAUCCUCACAAGAUACCCAGGCUGUCCUCCACCUGACCUUGAACAACCUUGAAGGUGAGUUCCGUCUGGCGCAGGUACAGCAGCUGUUGCUCCACGCCUUUCUGGGGAAGCGAAAAAGCGCCCCCUGGUGUCAGAUACAAAACUUCAACAAACUCCGCAAGGUCGUCCUGGUCGUUCUAAACGGGGUCUCCUCGGAACACCUGGCCCAGCACCCAGAAUGCUUUGCACAACUGGCGGCCAUGUUUCCCAACAAGAAGGUUCCGCUAGCGAUGAAGGUCGCAGACAGCCGACCGAGAGAGUUCAUGCGGGACUUGCUUCGCGUUCCGGUCAGCAAAACCGCACAGAAGAAGCUCGGUAAAGACCUAGAAAACGGGGUCGUAGACCCAGAUCUUGUAGAAAAAUCGGCCAGCUGUGCCAAGCACACAGGAGAGAAGUCUACAGUUGGUAGAACUCACUUUCUGCUAAACCGGGAACAGCUUAGAGCAAACCGGUUCCCACUAGACACAGACACAGCUCUAUCAGAGGGUUUUGUAUCGUUCGAGACCUGUACGCCAACAGACACCAGCCCAAUGUACGCUAUAGACUGCGAGAUGUGCGAGACGGAAGUCGGUAAGGAGCUCACACGUAUCUCGGUCGUCGGAGAAGACUUAAAGACAGUCUACAACUCCUUAGUGAAGCCCCGGAGACUGGUUAAGGACUAUAUGACCCAGUUUAGUGGCAUCUGUGAGAAGGACUUGAAGGAUGUGACCACCCGUCUUGAACACGUGCAAGAAAUGCUGCAGGAACUUCUUCCACCGGACGGCAUCUUGGUUGGACACUCUUUAGAGAAUGACCUUCAGGCGCUGAAGAUGAUCCACCCCCACGUCAUCGACACCAGCCUGCUGUUUAACCACCCCACCUGGCGCUUCAAGCCCAAACUGCGCACGCUGGCCAGCAAGCUGCUCGGGAAGGAGAUACAGACGGGAACUGGCGGGCACGAUUCGGUAGAGGAUGCGGCCGCUGCCAUGCAGCUCGUACAACUGAAGAUCGCGAACGGACCCAGUUUCCUGUUGGACCACGGCGGAGCCAACAGCGUCAGCGACACGGAGAGCUACUUCCGCGUCCUCGCGCGGGAAAAGAAAACCGCUACAAUGGUGGACACAGCGAGUUGUCUAAAACCUUUCCUCGGCCACCCUGUGCACUGUGUUCCUGUUGUUUCUGAUCGUGAAGCGCUUGCGAAAGCGCAGAGCGAAAUUCGAAGCAAACACUUUGUCUGGGUACAACUCCAUUCCUGGCACACGGUUGCAAACAGUUCCAUGUGCGAACCGUCCAUUUUAGCGGAAACUCUCGCAAGACUUUGUGCGAGAGUUUGUGAGCUGUACAACAUGGUACCUGAGAACUCUCUGUUUGUUGUACUGACUACAGGGGCUGAAAGUGUUGGUCAGCUGUCACAAACUUUAGACAAGGGUUCUCAGGAAAAUGUGCAGAUAGGAGAAGGUAGAAAUGAUCAGGAAAAGACCAAGUGCUCACAUGGACUCUGCUAUCUGACUGUUAAGAAAUGUUAGGGCUGCCGUAAUUUGUUUUCAGAUGAUUCUCAAAUAUUUUAAGAUAAAAAUGGAA